UAUAUUAAAUUGCGUGUAGAAUCUGUGGGAGGAGAGGAUAGAUGGAUAGAUAGAUAAUCGGAUAGGUGGACAAGUGGGUAUGGGUGAAAUAAUUGAGGCUGUGCGGUGAAACAAGCAUUUUAAUGAUAGUAUUAAAUUGAUAUAGAGCUAGGCUAGCUGCAUGCUUCCAUUUCUAAUUGUUUCUUUCUCUGUGUUUCAAAUCUGUGUGAUGGAUGGCCUAUUUUGUCAUUGUUCGCUGCUAACUACUAAACAAUUCUUUAUCUCCUCGCCAGAUGAUAUGAUCAUCAUGAUAUGAAACACGUGCACCCUCAGAUUUCCAUCACACCAUCUACAUAUUUAAAUCCUUCAAUAAUAUCAGUUUUCGAAUUAGUUAGAGAUUGGGGAAGAAUGAGCGGAAGAGUUGAAUUGCGAUUUAUUUACCCACUCCGAGUCUGAUAUCAUCAACUAACAGAUAAAAAGAUAUAAGAUAUAAAAACAUAGACAUCAGAGGAAGAAAGAUCAAAAUCAGAUGGGGACGUACUAUCAUGGGAAUUCAGAAAUCCAAGGUGAUGGAUUACAAACACUGAUUUUGAUGAACCCCGGGUACAACAACAACAACAACGUUGGAUACUCUGACACACCUCAACAACAACAACAGCAACAGCAGUCGCCAACUGGUAACUACAUGUUUCUCAAUUCCAACUCCACUGGCGGCAACUCGCUCGGCCACUCGACUAUGUCCCACGCGCCGCCCACUCAGCAGUUUGUCGGCAUACCGCUGUCGGCGACGGCUUCGGCUGCGCCUCAGCAAGAUGGUAAUAAUCAUCCUCAUCAUCCGUCUAUGGUUCAGUCGCACCAUGACAUGUCGGGUCUGCACGGGUACAUGCCUCGGCUUCAGUAUAGUUUGUACAAUCCGGUUGAGCUCACGGCGGCGCGUGAUGUCACGCGAACACCGCAAGGUCUGUCCUUGUCUCUUUCGUCACAGCAACAUGGGUUUGGGUCUUUUGGAACUGACCGUGAACUGUCGUCUCCAGCACUCACUCCGGGUCAUCCACCGACGAUUUCUCCGAGAAGCGGUGGCGGUGGUGGGGAGGAUGUGAGGCCUCAUGGAGGCUCUUCGUCUUCGGUAUCGGGUGUUUCGAAUGGAGUUAAUGGCAUGCAGAGUGUGUUGUUGAGUUCUAAGUACUUGAAGGCUGCUCAGGAGCUUCUUGAUGAAGUUGUUAACGUUGGAAAGGGAGUUAAGACUAGUGAUUUGCCGGUUGUGCCGACUAAUGGGAAUAUGAAGAAUGGUGAAAAUUCAUCACCUGUGGCUACUGGAGAUGGACUAAGUGGUGGUGGAGAAGGAAGCUCGAAACGCCCCGUGGAGCUGACUACAGCUGAGAGGCAGGAGAUUCAGCUGAAGAAAGCAAAGCUUGUUAACAUGCUUGAUGAGGUGGAGCAAAGGUACCGACAGUACCACAACCAGAUGCAGAUAGUGAUUUCUUGGUUUGAACAAGCCGCUGGUAUUGGCUCGGCAAAGACCUACACAGCUCUGGCCCUGCAAACUAUAUCUAAGCAAUUUAGGUGUCUCAAAGACGCGAUUAUGGGACAAAUUCGAGCUGCAAGCAAGAGCUUAGGCGAAGAGAAUAGUUUGGCAGGAGGGAAAUUAGAGGGAUCGAGGCUUAAAUUUGUUGACAAUCAACUCAGGCAACAGAGAGCUUUACAGCAGCUGGGAAUGAUCCAACAUAAUGCGUGGAGACCUCAGAGAGGAUUACCUGAGCGUUCUGUUUCUGUUCUUCGGGCUUGGCUGUUUGAACAUUUCCUCCACCCUUAUCCCAAGGACUCGGACAAGCACAUGCUCGCCAAACAAACCGGGCUUACCAGGAGUCAGGUCUCCAACUGGUUUAUUAAUGCUCGUGUUCGCCUCUGGAAACCAAUGGUGGAAGAAAUGUACACAGAGGAAAUCAAGGAACAAGAACAGAAUGGUUCAGAGGAUAAAACAAGCAAAAGUGAACAAAAUGAAGAAAUGGCAUCAAAAGGUAAAGCCCCACAAGACAAAAGUCCUACUGAAAACCAAGACAAUCUCACAAGGCAUAAUUCUCAGAAUACGGUAUCAGCUUCAGCAAUCUCAACCUCUCCUACCGGGUCAAACAUCAGAAAUCAAUCUGGUUUCACCCUCAUUGGAUCCUCUGAGAUGGAGGAAAUGACACGAGGAAGUCCGAAGAAACUAAGGAGCACCGAUAUGAUGCAUUCUGUUUCAGGUAAUGCCUUGUACAUGAACAUGGAAUCCAAACCAGAAACAAAUAAUGAGCAAAUGUCUAUGAAAUUUGGCAAUGAUCAAAGACAGACCAGAGACGGUUUCACCUUAAUGGGAAGCCCAACAAACUACAUUCGAGGAUUUGGCUCAUACCCAAUGGGAGAUAUUGGAAGGUACGGUGCUGAUCAAUUCACUCCAGCGCCUUAUUCAGGCAAUGGUGUUUCUCUCACUCUAGGUCUCCCACAUGGCGAAAACCUCUCAAUGUCUGGAACUCAUCAGAACUUCCUUUCCAACCAAAACAUGCAAAUGGGAAGAGGAGUGGAUAUUAGCGAAGCGAAUGAGUUUGGAGCUAUAGACACUCCAACAUCAUCACACUCAGCUACAAUGUAUGAGAACAUGAAUAUUCAAAACCGCAAGAGAUUUGCUGCACAAUUGUUGCCAGACUUUGUGGCCUAAAAAGGGGAGUAAGAUCUACACUUUCACUACUUUCUUCAAGUACCUUCAUUAGGAAGAAGGGAAAGUGAAAAGAGUAGUGUAAAGAAAGGACAUGAAACUUUUUACAUAGACUACAGGUUUAUAUAUAUACUUGGCACAGAACCGUUUGAGUUCUUAUAGAUAGCCUAGCUAGAUUAGAACAUACUAUUGUACGGGGAUUGUAUAUUAUUUUUGUUUUUUGCAGAUGGGUAGAUGGAUUGGUAUAAGGAUAAUGUAAACAUAGGUAUUUUGUGGGGGUGGUAUAGAAUUUUUAUAUUGCUUAAAUGUGUACUUAUGCAGAUUCCAUCUUAUGAAUGGAACAGAAGCACUAUUAUUUUUAUUGGUAUCAUAUGUUUUGUA